AUGUUCUGGCAUGAGCUGGCUGCGAGAGGACAUACGAAGCGAUCGGUGCGUGUAGGGUCGGUCUGCUCGGUUCCGGCCUCGUACCACACGACGGUUGGGUCUUGCUGUCUCUGCCUCUUUCGGUCUCUGCUCCUGGCCGUGCCAUCUUCGCCUCGACUGGCAGACAAGCGGUACAAAAGAGCGCUUUCAUCUUUUGCACGGCCUGCCUUCAACGACAAAUGGCCCACUUGUGCAUGUGGCAGACACUCAAAUGGACCAAACUUGGCACCGGCCAAACGGAAAAGGUCUACAUUCACCGGUUCUGUUGAGAAUUGGGUUGAACAGGUUGGCGGUGAUGAAGAAGGGCCCUUAGAAGGUGACCUCUUGUACCCUGGCGUGUGGUGUGCCGCCGAGACGUCUUUCACUCGAUCCGACCAACCAAUCCACGAGCCUGUUUGUUGA